AUGAUAGGACGAAGUUCGGCAAAGUCUUUCCGCGUCGCCUUCCCCUCUUACUCUGUCACCGGCAAACGUCACGCAGAUACGUACUACCUUUGGGUUAAAACCGAGCACCGCGCCCAUGAUACAAUUUGCGACUUCCUCGAAGGACAAGAUUUCGCCGUUGCUCGCCACGCCUAUGGGAUUAAUACAUCUUUUGAGGCUGUGAGCGGAACUGGUGGGCGAUUGAUCAAUUUCAACGCUGAAUAUGUCGCAUUACCUAGAAUUGGCCAUGCUUGUGGUCACAAUCUAAUAGCGACAAGCAGUAUCGCUGCAUUCCUUGCGUUGUCAUUUGCCAUCAGGAAAUUUAAUGUCCCUGGUAGAGCCUGGCUAUUAGGCACGCCGGCCGAGGAAAAUGGAGGCGGAAAGGCCAAAUUGAUUGAUGCCGGCGCCUAUAAAAACGUCGACAUCUCGCUAAUGGCUCAUCCUGGUCCCAAAAAGCUUUACCCCGACGAAGAGCCAUCCGAUGGCAUAGCUGGAACGCCAAUGAAUGCGCGCAAGAAUAUCCACUGA